ACCUUGUAUAAACAAGUAUGGCGUCCACCACGCAGGAAUGUUGUGUGAAAUUAGGAUUCGCAGAAGAUGAUCAGGACCCGCGAUUGUUAUGUAGCCAUUUUUUCCCAAGUAAAAUAGGUGGUAAACCAUCCUGGCUGUCUCUGUCCCCACUUCCUGAGCCGGAUGUGUUGAGGUGCCUAAAAUGCAACGGAAUGACAAUUUUCUUAAUGCAAGUCUACGCACCGCUACAAAUGAGAGAUGACACUUUUCAUCGGACAUUGUUUUUAUUUGUAUGCCCAAACGCAUCUUGCUGUGAUGCAGGGAAUGCUGCUAAUUUUAAAUUAUUUCGCUCACAGCUGUCUUUGGUAAAUUCUUUUUAUAGCAAAGAUCCACCUUCAGAAGAAAUCAGUAAGGAGGAGGAUUUGAAUAAAUUCCCCCAUGCUGGUCAUUAUCACACACUUUGUCAAGUUUGUGGAAUAAAAGGAAACAAAAAAUGUUCUCAAUGUAAGAAAACGUACUACUGCAGUAAAGAACAUCAAGUCUAUGACUGGAAAGAUGGUCAUAAAAAGAGUUGCUCGCAAGAUUCACAAUUAGAAGAAAAGAAUGUGUCUAGUUUGCUUUUUAAAGAAUUUGACCUGGUGACUGAAGAUGAAGAGUACACGGAGGGGGACAGCAAUAACAGUAAGAGUGAUGAAGAACGACUUCUGGAAUAUGAGCAGCUCAUGAGGUCACCACAGCUGCAAGGUCUAGAUGAGAAAUACCAGGCCGAAGAUUUAGAACAGUCUGCCAAAGCUGAGACUGAAGAUGAUAAACUGUUUCUAAAAUUUAAAAACAGGGUGGACUAUGAACCAACACAGGUUUUAAGAUACAGUAGAGGCGGUGAGCCUUUGUGGGUGUCAGCCUAUAACAAGCCUUCACCUGAAGAUAUUCCUAACUGUUCAUGUGGUGCCCCAAGAAUUUUUGAGUUUCAGGUGAUGCCUCAGCUGCUCAAUUUUUUAUCUGUUGACCGUUUGGAUGCCAGCCUUGACUGGGGAAUUGUGUGUGCUUACACAUGCAAGGACAACUGUGCAAUUAGCAACUCUUAUAAAGAGGAGUUUGUUUGGAAGCAAGAUUUUCAUAAUACAAGACUCUAAUGCACUUUUCUUGAUGUAUAUUCUUCACUGCAUUCAGAUGUGUUUAUUAGCAAAUUAAAUAAAAUGCCCUUGAGUGAUUAAACAAAUGUUGAUUAUUAUUUUUUAUUAAGAAUUUAGCCGUAAAUGAGAUGUUUAGUUUUAACUAAAUUUAAUGGUGUCAUUACCCAGUGUAUUGUUAAAAAAUAUCUUUGUAGAAGUGUUGCAUGUUUUUUAGGUUAAUUUUGUUUGUCACCUUAUGAAAAAGUUGACAGCAAGCUUUUUAAAAAUUGUAGCCCAGUGUAGCCAGUAAACACAUGGUGAAUAUGUAGACACAAGUGAGAAUAUCUUGCAUAAACAAUCACUAGUUAAGCAUUAUAACACAGUUUGGGGGGAAUUUUCUUUCAAUAAGUAUAGAUGGUAUAUUCAAGUAAACCCUUAAGAGUAUCAGCCCUCAGGCUAGAGUAGCUAUGAAUUUAAAUAAUCACACUACGAAAGGUUUUAUUUUGUUUCCUAAUAUGUGACCUUUCAAUAUAAGUUAAUCUGAAAACUGUUAAAGACUCAAAUCAAUAGUCCCUGAGUUGUACUAAUCUAACUGUAUAUCCAAAAUAAGAUUCAUAGAAAUGUGAACUUAUCUAUUUUGUACUUUUUAUACCAACCAAUUUAGGGUAUUACUACUUUCAUAAGACACUGGCAACUCAAUGUUUGAUUUUUAAAAUAACUUCAAUGUAUGUUUAAAUAAUUUAAAAUAGCUAAAUACCCCAAAAUUAAUGUCCUAAGCCCUCUUGUCUUGUUUUUGGCUUGUGCUAAAAAUAUCUUAUGGUGUGAAGUCUCAAACCAUUGUGGAGGGUCAUUUCUACUUCUAUACAUAUAUAUAGAAGUAUAGAAGAAUGAAUUGAUUUUUUGUUUCACAUUGCCUUUCACUGUAUGUCAGUCCUGAGUUUUAUUUAUUUCAUGAAUGUGAUUAACCUUUGUAGGUGUACACUUUAAAAAUUUAAUCCAACUACAUUUGGUUUGCUGUUGUCACUUUUGUGAGACAGUUCUUAAAAAAUUCUGAUUUCUAUUUUAACAGUAGCAUUAAAGAAAUGUGCUCAGCCAGUGAGUCCUCUGGCUUAUCCUGUGUUUUACCUGGCUGGGUCUAUCUAAAUCAAGGCUGUGUUUGAUGUAACUAAACCAUGGUUAUGUUUUUAACUAUGAACAUCUGGUGGUACAU